UUUAGAUCACGUCAUGUGCUUUUUCACAGUUGCAUCGCUUUAAUUUGAAAAAUACACGAAUUUCAAUUUAAAUUUGAAAGAAUUUGGUGACAAAUAAAAGGUGCUUCAUAAUGUCCAGCUUCAUUGGCAACUACUUGCGCUACAACCGGCUCUCGAGGAACGUCUCGAUCCAGCAGCGAAUCAUGGAGCAUCGAGAACAAUACAACAGCAGCCCGCUGAUCAUAAUCGACCUCAUGUAUUAUGACCAGCUGGGUGGCUACCUGCACCGCUCGUCCAACGAGGUCAAGAUGCGCGAUCUGUGCGGCAUGUCCCGGCAGCGAUUGUUCCAGCUGGAAAACUUUGUGGCGCAGAUGAAACGUUGGGGCGCCAAGCUGAUCUUUAUCACGAACGGACCCUUUCUGGACAUAAGCGGCCAGAUCAUUCCGGACGAGGACGACUCGAAGGGCAGCAGCAAGGACUGGCGGUACGCUUACCAGUGUGGGAUUUCGGAUUACUUGGUAGAGGCGCACUACAGCCGGGUGGCCGCGGAUGCCCGUUUCAUUCCGAUCGAGCGCAUCUGGACGGAAUCGGUGGCAAAGAUUGCCCGCCGGUACGGGAAGAUCUUGUGGUCCUGGGACAAUACGCGCCACCAGGAGAUUGCCAAGUACGCGAGCGUGCACGAGGCGUUGGCGAUUAUAUCGAAGAACUACGCCCUGUUGAUGUACAGCGGGCUUGCGUUUCCGCGGUACAAGCUGUGGUCGCUGGUCGAUUCGAACGAAGCGACAAUGGAGACGGAGGAGUUUGAUCCGUUGCUGGUGCGUCGCACGCUGCGGUUGUCGGCGAAGCAGCUGAGGUUGCUGGGGGCUUUUGUGGAUUAUUACAACGGGACGCCAACGUUUGCCAACUUUUUGGAACGAAUGAAGAUCGACGACAAUAAGCGCACCUUGUUCAACAGCUUGGCUAACUUUGUCAAGAAGUCCGCCGGGAACCUGCAGGAGCUGGACUAUCUCAAGUUUGCGCGGGAUCUGUUUGGCGAGGAGCGAUACAUUGAAAAAUUCGAUGAGCUCAAGUCCGUUUGCGAGAGCUAUAACGUGGACAAAAUCUUGCUGUCCACGGAGCAGAACAACGACUCGAUCAGCAUGCAGCUGAAGAAGCAGGAUUCUUUCAACUACGACAUCUACCAUGGAAUCAAGAUUACCAUUUCUAUUACGUUCGUGGAUUACCGCUACUGGCAGCUGAACGGUGAAAUUGACCUGUUCGAGAUCUUCAUGACGCUGUACCAGCGCAUCAGCGGAGUGCUCCUCCAGCACAAGAACGACCCGCAGCUGGUGCGCUACGUUAACAUAAAACGUAGCCACGAGGAAGAGUACGGCACCGAAGAGCUGAUCCCGGACUUUCCCAAGGACUUUGUCGUGCCCUCGCUGGAGUACAUGUUCGAGCACGCGGGCCUUAUGCGGAGCUCCAUUCCGGACUUUAACAUGCGACUGCUGCGCUUCAUCACGGGGCUGCAGUUCGGUGCCGACCAGCUGGAGUUCUUCUGCAAGACGGACCAGCGCAGCCAGCUGCAGGACAGCGUCACGCUGCGGUACAUGGUCUCGCUCAACAUGCUGACCGCGUUCGAGGCGGACAUCUUCCUGGUGACGAUGCACAAGUGUCGCCUGGAGCCGCCGUACAAUUUGCCGCUGCCAGAGGAGCUGAACCUGCGCGCGUUCCAUCUGUACUUUACGUACAUAAAGCUGCGCACGCUCAUCAAGCACAGCUUCUACACGGCCGGGCUGGACGAUUCGUUUAUGGACGAAUGCUACCUGGACGGAGUGGCGUUCCAAACCAUGUUCCAGAAGUGGAGUGAAGCCGGAGCUAGCGACGAGUUUCGCUACGAAGUCGAUCGCUUCAAGAACUAUCGGCUGUACUGAAAGAUGAGGAGGAUGACGUCGAUUCUUAACAGGUACCGUUUAUUUGCGUACAUUUCGAACUGACUAAUAAUAAUAAGAGCUGUUGACAGCGAACUGAAAAUGCCGAAUUUAA